CUUCCAGGUGCUGCAGUUGAUCCUUUCCGCUCUCCGUAGAGGAAUUUGUUGACGGCAUUACGUCACUCAUCCCGGUUGGUUGCCAGCGGCAAAAAAAAAAAAGCAGCUCGGUCCAGGAGGAGGACUGCGGUUUCUUUUCUUUUUUCUUCCUGCGGAGAGUUAAAGAGAUUUGUGUGUUUUUUCCUUUUUUCUUUUUUUGGUUCGUUCUGUCGUAUUCCGAGUUUGGAGUCCUGAGAAGACGACGCUGAAGAAUGAAAAGUGUGUGAACGUUUUUUAAAAAAGUCGACGACGCGCUCAGAGGAGAGAUGGAGGAACCAGAAGGUGAGGAGGAGUCCUUCAGGUACAAAUGGGUGUUACUGUGUGGGCUGUAGCGGAACAAUUCAAGACUCCUUUCACAUUAAAAUCCUCCAGGACACCUGGCACAACGCCUGCUUCCAGUGUUCUGUGUGCUGCGAUCACCUGACAAACUGGUACUAUGAGAAGGAUGGCAAGCUGUACUGUCGCAAACACUACUGGGAGAAGUUUGGAGAGCUGUGUCACGGCUGCUCUCUGCUCAUGACUGGACCUGCCAUGGUGGCCGAAGAACACAAGUAUCACCCCGAGUGCUUCGUGUGUCUGAGCUGCAAGGUGGUGAUCGAAGACAGGGAUACCUACGCCUUGGUGGAGCGAUCCAAACUCUACUGUGGGAAGUGCUACAAGCAGGUGGUCCUCACGCCCAUGUUGGAAAAACGCUCGCACGACUCGGUCCUCGACUCCCUGCCCCACACAGUCACCCUCAUCUCGAUGCCCUCUGCGGCCAACGGAAAGAGAGGCCUCUCCGUCUCAGUGCUCAGGGACGUCAACGGCUCGGCCAGUGUUCUAGUCAAAGAGGUCAGAGGGAUGCUUAUUAGUCCGGAGGUGAGGAAUGCCAUCCAUGUGGGCGACAGGAUCCUGGAGAUCAAUGGCCUUCCUGUCGGGACACUUAUGGAGGAGGAGGUGGACGAUCUUAUUCACCGCACCAGCCACACGCUGCAGCUGCUGAUCGAGUAUGACCCCAUCAGGCAGCGCUUGGAUCGCCUCAGGCUGGGAUCCCCGAGAAGCUGCCUGGGAGUUCCCGCCACCUCCCGCAUGCGUCUGUCCUCGCCGUCUGACGCGGUGCUGGAGAGAACCGACGUGGUCGAUGAAGGAACGCUGAAGAGGCGGUCUUUGAGGCGCAGCAACAGCAUCUGUAAGUCACCGGGGCCGAACUCUCCCAAAGAGAUGCCUCUGAUCUCACGAGACAUCGGGCGCUCUGAGUCUUUAAGAUCCUCCAACAGCUGCUCUCAUCGCAUUUUCCGCCCGUGCGACCUCAUCCACGGGGAGAUCUUAGGAAAAGGCUUCUUCGGACAGGCGAUCAAGGUGACUCAUAAAGCAACAGGAGAGGUGAUGGUGAUGAAGCAGCUGAUCCGCUGUGAUGAGGAGACACAGAAGACUUUCCUGAAGGAGGUCAAAGUGAUGCGGUGCCUCGACCAUCCACACGUCCUGAGGUUCAUCGGCGUGCUGUACAAGGACAAGAGGCUGAAUCUGAUCACCGAGUUUAUCGAGGGAGGCACCCUGAAGGAUUUCAUCAGAGACACGGACCCGUUUCCAUGGGAGCAAAGAGUGAGCUUUGCGAAGAGCAUCGCUUCUGGCAUGGCCUACCUUCACUCAAUGAGCAUCAUACACAGAGACCUCAACUCUCACAACUGCCUGGUCAAACUGGACAACACAGUGGUCGUUGCCGACUUCGGCCUGUCCCGACUCAUCGUGGAGGACAAAGUGAAGCCUCCAUCAGAAAAACCGUCCAACAAGAAGAGGGUGCUCCGACGCAUCGACAGAAAGAAGCGCUACACCGUGGUGGGAAACCCGUACUGGAUGGCUCCAGAGAUGCUGAAUGGUAAACGCUAUGACGAGAAGGUGGACAUUUUCUCCUUUGGGAUUGUUCUUUGUGAGAUUAUUGGGAAGGUCUAUGCAGAUCCAGAGUGCCUCCCCAGGACUAUGGACUACGGUCUGAAUGUGGUCAAGUUUGUGGAGAAGUUUCUCCCUGAAGACUGUCCUCCAGCUUUCUUUCCUCUGACUGUGGCGUGCUGCGACCUCACACCAGACAACCGUCCGACUUCCCAGAAGCUGGAGGACUGGUUUAAAGCUCUGUCCUUGAACCAGGAGCUGAAAAUCCCUCUGCCUGCUGAACUGGAUGAACUCCAGCAGAGUCUGAGUGGACUCCUCUGGCCUAAAGACAGCGCCCCAUCGCAGAGCACAGAAGAGCCUUCACCCCCCACCACCACCGCCGCCUCUCCGGACUCUCCCUGCAUGGCGGAUAACGGCACCUAGGAGACGUGCGUCCCUUUUUUUUCUCCGCCCCCUCUGAGCUGCUGCACUUACACUGUGGAUGAGAAAAGAGAAAAACUCGCUUUGAACCCGAGCCAUUUCUAAGAAACUGGAUAACCUGCUGCAGCUGCACCAGUCUCCCCUGUGUGGACCCCUAAACACCUGAGAGUCACCUGAGACUCGGUGAACUCCCCGUGUGAGUGGACGGACACAUUUCAGAUUUUUCUCACCCGCUCAACACACACACAGGCCUGUACUCAUGUUUACCGCCUUCAUAGACCGAUAUGAACAUAUUUGUGGUCAUUUCCCCCACACAGAAGACGAGCACCUUUUUGAGGUGAGAGCAUCGAUGUUUUUUUGUUUUUCUGGUUCUGAAGUCGUCGUUUGCCACGUGUGGAAUGCACACAUCGCUCUUUGACGAUUUAGAGAUCGACCGCUUCAACGCUGCGGCAAAAGAAAACAAAGACGACGACAGACUGGCUGAUUGACACGGAUGUGACCCAAACGGCUUCAUCACAUUCAGAUCUGACACGAGAUGCUGAAUGAAUGUCUCCAGUUUGUUUUUGUUAAACACCACGGAACUUGUUUUGGACGAGAUGGUUACGAGUAUAGCUCUUUGUACUGAUUGACUGACACUCGCAUGAUUUUGAGCGUUCUCCUCGAAUUAUGUAUGAACACUAAAUCGAUUUUUUCAUGUUUACCACACUGACAUUUCCUCCAAAAGCUCCUCUCUCCCAACACCUGACGCAGGAAAGCGGGGCCGUCAUUAGUCAUUGUGAAACCCACAAUCAUGCACGACUUCACCGUUAGAAAGUGGCUUUGUACAGAACUGGAUGUUUUUCUUAAGCAGUGUACAUAGACGUGUACAUAGUAAGCCUCUAAUCGGAUGUUGUUUUCUAAUGGGAACUCUAGAUUUGUAGAUUUGUAGACAUUUCGUCACCGAUGGACCUUUUUUUUUUGCUGUGAUCAUGGAAGGUACUGACGACCAGUUGUAACCACUAUUAUUUAUAUCACUGUAGUGUUUCCUAAAUAAACCUUCUGAAAGUCUCA